AUGAAGAAACUCAGGAGACUUCCUCACAUAUUUAACUACUUUAUCGAAUUGCCUUUCCGUUCUAAUGCAGAUGUGGCGGUGGAAGAGAAGGAAGGAUUCUUCCGGAUAAGGAAGAUUGUUGUGAGAAAGGGAAUUGCAGACGGUGAGGAUGAGCAUGAAUUGAAUGUGGAUACAUAUUGGAGGUACAGAUUGACUGCUUCGACUAUGCCGGAGCUGGCCAUGGUGGUAUUUGUGGAUGGAGAGCUGAUAGUGAUGGUGCCCAAGGAUGACCAAGGCCGUGGAGAGUUUGAUAAUGGAUCUAGAGGUGUUUGGAGAGACGCUGAACUUGUUCUUGUACAAUAG